CGACGCCUCCCGCGGCGAACGCAAUCGCCAUUCGACGCUGCUGCCCUUGUGUCCGUCCCCAUUCGGCAGGCAAGCCAGGCAGGCGGGCCCCUCGCUCCGCACGGUACUUACGGACCCCCGAAGCUGGCAGCCGCGACCACUUCCGAAGGCGCAAAUCUUGGGAAACACCAUCGCUCCGUGCCUCCUAAAAGAUAGCGGAGCUGUGCUCCGGAAGUCUCUUGUUGUCGAUAACACUCGCCGCUCGCUACACGCCGCGACAAUGAGCACCACCAACGCAGCCGACCUGCCCCCGUCCCACCCGGACCGGCGCGCAGUCGAGCGCCGCCUCCUCUGGAAGGUCGACCUCAUCCUCAUGCCCAUCUUGACCAUCACCCUCGGGCUGCAGUACUAUGACAAGGCGGCGCUCGGCAGCGCCGCGGCGUUUGGCAUCCUCAAGGACUUGGGCCUGUCGACCACGCACAACGGCGUCACGUCAACCGCUCGCUAUGCGACCGCCUCGGCAGCGUUCUACUACGGCUACAUCGUUGCAGUGCUGCCCGUCGCCCUCGUCCUGACUCGGCUCAACCUGCGGUACGCUGCUGCUGCGGCAGUGGUCACUUGGGGUCUUGUCGCUAUUCUGACGGUUGUGUGCCAUAACCACCAAGGCCUUAUCGUCCAACGGGUCGCCCUUGGCCUCUCCGAGUCGGUCGUCGCGCCCCUCUUCGUGGCCAUCACGGCACUGUGGUACAAGCCGCAGGAGCAGGCAGUGCGCUUCGGCAUCUGGUACUCUGCCACUGGCAUCUUCUCCAUGUUCAGCGGCGCGAUCAACUACGGCCUUGGGUCCAACGGCAACGCGCACGCAUGGAAGUACAUCUACUACUUUUGCGGGAGCGUGACCAUUGCCUGGGGCCUUGUGAUCCUCGCUGUUCUGCCCGCGUCGCCGCUCCAGCCCGGCUACUUCUUCAACUCGGCCGACCGCGACCUCCUCGUCCGCCGCUUCGAGGAGAACCCCUACGCUCGCGACAGGCAGACCUUCAAGCGCGACCAGUUUAUCGAGGCCAUUAUCGACAUCAAGACCUGGAUCUACCUCUUCAUCGCGGCCAUGUGCUACAUGUGCAACGGCGCAGUCACGGCAUUCGGCACCUUGAUCAUCAAGAGUAUCGGAUACACGGGCCUCCAGUCGGUCGCCCUCACCAUCCCUGGCGGGUUUGUCACCGUCUUCACCAUCUUCUUCUUCAGCUACUUUGCCGACAAGUACAAGAACAUCCGGACAUAUCUGCUGCCUCUGUCGUGUAUCCCAGUGGUCGUCGGCGCCAUUGUCAUCUGGACCGCCCCCUGGCACCCUGCCAUCGGCCCUCUGAUGGGCUACUACCUCGUCGCAUCGUUUGGCGCGCCCUACGUCCUCCUCCUCGCCAUCGCCUCGGCCAACACGGCCGGCUCGACCAAGAAGGCCGUGACCUCUGGUGCCAUUUUCGUCGGCUACAACGUGGGCAACAUUGCCGCAUCGUACACUGUCAAGACGCCCGAGGCCAAGAUCAAGUACCGCUCGACUUGGAUCACGGUGAUUGUCAGCAUGGCUGCGGCGUCGAUCGCUUCGCUUGUGCUCCGGUGGUUGCUUGUCCAGGAGAACAAGCGCCGCAACGCCCUGGUCAAUGAGGCGCCCCAGGCCGUCGGGGCCGGUGAGAAGGCCGACGCCACAUGCCCAGACACUGCGAGCGACGACGCGCAGAUCAUCAAGGCGCUUGACGAGUACACCGACGUCACGGACAAGCACCUGCCCAACUUCCGGUACACUCUCUAGGCCGCUCCGCCCCAUAAAAAGUGCAGCAGUCGCAGCACGCACACACUAAUACUACUUCUUUUGGGAUGC